AGAAACGUUUAUCGCUACUCUUUUCCAUUCAUUAAUUCCUCUUCAACCCCUUUGUUUUGGACCAAUCAAACUUUCCUUGAUUACAAAAUUAAUGCAAAGAUAAUUACCACAAAACAUGAUGGCCACAAUCACAAGUAAUGAUGUAGCAGGAAAUUCUCCAAUUUAUGACAGAAAAAGUGAACUAAAGAAAUUUGAUGAGUCAAAGGUUGGUGUCCAAGGACUUACAGAAAAUGGAGUAACAAAAGUUCCACGCAUGUUCUAUUGUGAACAAUCUAAUAUCAAUCAUGGUUCAGUAAAUGAAUCAAAUUCAAAGCUUAGUGUCCCUACAAUUGACUUAACAGGAAUCCAUGAUGAUCCUGUUUUGAGAGAUGAAGUUGUAAGAAAAGUUCGAAAUGCAAGUGAGAAAUGGGGAUUCUUUCAAGUAAUAAAUCAUGGAAUUCCAACACAGAUUUUGGAUGAGAUGAUCAAUGGAACUUGUAGAUUUCACCAACAAGAUGCCAAGGUGAGGAAGGAGUACUACACCCGUGAUCUUACCAAAAAAGUUGUUUAUCUUUCCAAUUUUACUCUCUACCUAGACCAAUCUGCUGAUUGGAGGGACACACUUGCAUUUUUCUGGGCACCCGAUCCUCCUAAAGCCGAUGAACUACCACCGGUUUGCAGUGAUAUUGUUAAUGAAUACACAAAAGAAGUAAUGGCACUUGGAUCUUCUUUGUACGAGUUAUUGUCAGAGGCUCUCGGUCUUAACCGCUCUCACCUUAAAGAAAUGGGCGCUGCUGAAAGUUUUGUACAUCUAUGUCAUUAUUAUCCAGCAUGCCCUGAGCCGGAGUUAACUAUUGGCACUACCAAGCACUCAGAUGCUAGCUUUAUUACAGUACUUUUGCAAGAUCAUAUUGGUGGCUUACAAAUUCUUCAUGACAAUCAGUGGAUUGAUGUACCUCCCAUUCAUGGAGCUCUUGUAGUGAACAUUGGAGAUCUUCUACAGCUUGUGAGUAAUGACAAGUUCACAAGUGUUCAACACAGAGUUUUAGCAAACCAUGCAGGCCCAAGAAUUUCAGUUGCAACCUUUUUUAGAACACAACAUGAUUACUCACAUGAGGGUAUGGAAAAAGUGAUAGGACCAAUAAAGGAAUUGUUAUCUAAAGAAAAUCCACCAAUAUACAGAGAUACUUCUUUGAAAGAGUAUUUGGCAUAUCGUUUUGCAAAUGGCCUUGGAGCUUCUGCACUAUCACCCUUCAAGUUGUCACACAAAGAAGCAACUUAGUGUUCAUUUCAUUUUCAAUAAAUAUUUAUUGUUAAGCUAUUGUAGUCCGUGUAAUAUAUUGUUACCCUUGUAAAUUAACUUAAUUAUUUUUUUUAAA